AUGAAUUCCAUUAUCCGCUUAGAUCCAAUAGAUACCUCAAAUGUAGUUGAUCUCUUUACUGAAAAGCCUAUCCUUAAUUAUCAACUUGAGCCUAUUUCAAAAAUACUAUUUAAACAUACCUUCUACUGCAUCGAGCUUGAAGAGCAUGUUCAAGUCUUACUCACCAAGACUCAUCUUGUCAUCUCUACAGAUAAUAAUCAUUUACUAUGUCCAUCCAUUUUAAUUGACCAUGUCCGCGUACGAUCCACUCAGUCCGACUGCAAUGACGAAUACUGGCUUCAAUUUUUAAUCCAAGAGCGAAAGGCAUUGACUUUAAAGACAAGCUCCAAAGAAGAUCGUGAUCUCUGGCUUGUUUCAACUCAGCCCUCCGCCUGGUCACCUCUCGAGCAGACAGUCAUUUCGCGAAGCCGUCCAAAGCCGAUAAAGACCACUGAUAUUUUCAGCUUUUACAAUGAUCCCGAAGGAGAAAUUUCGCCUCUCGAAAGCUCCGACGAAGAAGACUCAACGAGUGACACUAAAAGAGAAGAAUAUACGUAUUCAGCCACGCCAUCAGACACAAUGCAAAAAGCCAUUACUCCUUCUCCCCCUCCUCUUCCUCAGCACUCUCAAGUACCCGAUCCUACCCUGAAUAAACCACUUCCUGUUCGCAACCAUUCAUUAAAGCAACUCCCUGCGACACCUCCUGAAACUAUAAUAGCAGCAACCACAACAGCGCCGCAAAAGAAACCUUCCUUUAUGCGCUCUGUCCUAUCUGCUGUUGGUUCGCCCCGCCUUAGAAAAUCUCAGAGCAUUACACCUUUGCCUAGACAAGCCCCAAUUACACUUAAUCAAAGUUCUGUGUCUCUCGAUCGACAAACAAUACCAACUCCACAGCGUAAUUCAUCCCUGCUGGAUCCUGCACAGCAACCGCGUGGCUCAUACCUCUUGCAUCAUCAAUCAUCCAACUCCUCAUUUUCAUCCAGUCAGUCUAGUCUAGCCACGCCUCCACUCAGCCGUUCAUCCAGCCCAGGGUCCUCGACUCCGAUCAGUCGUCUUCAAACACCUACCUCACUCUCUUCAGCAGAGGAUUUAGAGGAUCAACAAAGAUCAACUCCUCCUGCAAGCCCCGAUAUGCAACUUCGCAAUACAAUAAAGCAAGUGAUAUAUAGGGAUGAUCAAUGCCAAGUGUUUCACUGGAAAGACGAAUCUUGGUAUGCAGUAGAAGACGACCAAUGUGUACUGGAGGUACGACAGACCUAUUCAAAUCGCACAUGUAUCACCAUCCAUAUGAUGAAUACCCGACAAAUGUAUUUGAACGCAUGGAUCCUGCCCGAUACGUCAAUUCAACGUAUUAGUGACACAGACAUCAAUUUAACCGUUCAGUUUGGGGGAGUCGAGGAUAAUUACCUGUUCCAUUGUGCAACCAAUGAUAGUGCUAGUCAGCUCGAUCAAGUUCUGCAGCAGGUGCAUCUAGAAUCCGCCCAGCUACCCAUGACGGACACCGUCCGCGGCUCACCACCUUUGCUCGACGAGACAACUCAGCAAGAGGAGGAUUUGGAAAAAUCCCUAAAAUUAGCAUUACAAUGUAAAUGUAAACUAUACAUACAAAGCAGUAGUGCCAAAUGGAGUAGUUUUGGAAGUGUACAUAUGAAGGUAUCACAGCAUUAUACAACCAAGAAAAUGCACAUGGCAAUAGAGUCGCAUAAGGGCGGCAAGGUGACCAAAUUGGUGAGUGCUAUGGUACAAAGCCGAAAUGUAGAGAGACUUGGACCAAAGCGAAUUACCUUCUUGUUUGUUAAUGGCAAGACCAGUGUCGUCUACAUGGUGCAAGUACGUGAAGAGUUGACAGGUGAUAAAAUCAUUGAAUACCUUAAAGAAAAGAAUGCAGAAAAUGGUUGGUAA